AUGCAACUGACGGAUUUCCAUACCCAGCUAUCUCGCGAUAAUUUGCAGUUAUCACUGUUAGGUUAUCUGAUUGAGGACUUUGAGGUAGAUGACAGAGUCAUGCAAGACUAUAUGGUAGCAAAUUGGCCAGUCAUAGCUCGUGUCCUGCAUUAUGACCACAACUUCUUCAUCUUGAAGUUUAUGAAUAGAGCUGAAAUGAUGGCUAUUCUGGAUAAUGGUCCAUAUGCUGUCAAUGAGCAUCUAGGUCUGCCUGCAUGGUGUGCCUAUCACUUCCAUGAAUUAUCGCUCCUUAGAAAAUCUAGCAAGAAGAAGCGUAGUACUCGCCUGCCUGAUUACAAAGUGGCGGCAAUGCUUGAUUUCUAUGACUCUGUGCCGGAUACCUUUAUUCAGGAUGGCUUCACUAUAUCAGAGACUGAUGAGGAAACUCCAGUUCCUUGGUACCCUUGGUCCCCGCAUAAUCCUGAUGAUCAUCAAUCGGAUGAUGCUGAUGAGAAGGACGAUGGUAAUCAAUCGGAUGAUGUGGAUCAAGAUGACAUUAAUCCUGACAAUAAUGAUAAUGAUGAUGAUUUCUCAUCUGGGGGAUCUGAUCAGUUCAUGGAUGAAAUCAAUGCUGAUAACUUUGUUGAUGAUGAUGGCCCCCCAAUCCCGGUGGAGGGUAGAACCAGUCUUUAUGCAGGAGUGGAGGUUGAUUAUUCUAGAAGUGCAGCUCCUGCGGCAGGGGAAGACACAAAUUCUUCAUUUUCUACUGACCAAAGUGAAAGUUUUCAUUCUUUCUCCUCUUACUCUUCUGAGUUUUAUCAACAUUCUGUUCAUUCCUUCCCUGAUGAUGCUAGUGAAUUCUGUAUGCCAAAUUCGUUUUAUGAGAUUCUGGAUGUUCCUCCUUCUGAUGCUAUGAUGGAAAAUCCUUCUUAUGUCCCGGAUUUUAUCAUUCCUACUGGAUCUGACUAUCCACCACAUCGAGACAUUUCUCUAGUUUCUUGUUUUUCUGGUUUUCAAUUUAGUGAUGAUUCUCAUGAUGCUACAACUGAUGAAGCUGCUAGUGAUUCUGUUUAUGUGAAUUCUGGAGUUCGGAUGAAUCUAAGACUUAGUACCAGGUACUCUGCUGGGGGUGGAGGGUUCCAACAACAUAGGCGGAUCCCUGUUAAUGCUAAAGGGCGAGGUAAUUUUAAGAAGAAAGAUUCUCGUGGAAGUUCCUCCUCUGAUUCGGCUCUACCUUCUUUGUUGGAUGAAUUCUCCCAAACUGACAGUGAUCCCGGGGAGUUUUUCAUGAAGGCUAGGAUGGCGGUUUCUGACUCAGACCUACCUGAUUCCGUGCAUACUGUUCAACAAAGCUCUCCCAACAGGCCUGCUGCACCUGGCUGGCGUAUGAAGAUUGUCGAUGAGGAUUUUGAUGAAUCUAUUGGCUUUGGCACCUCAUUGAACUCCACAUGUAGCAAAAAAAGACACUCUGAGGAUUCUCUUCCCGACUUGGAACAUUCAGAGAAGAGAAGGUCCAACACUGUGAUGCAUGAGGAGGUGCAAAAUCUCUUCAAGGAUUUGGAGAUGGCGUGGGAGGAAGGAAAACAACAUGCAACGGCACCAACCCAUCUGAAUGGUUUUGCGGGGAUUGAACCAGAUCAAUCCCCUCUGUCUUAA